AUUUCGUGCUAGGAAUUAUAGAAAAAAACGUGUUCGAUCGUGUUGACCUCAGUGAUAGUUUAUAGUGUUAUUUACAAGACGUAAGACAAUUGAUACGCUUCGUAAAAAACUUUCUUAGUUACUUCUCCGUCGGAUCUGAUUGAGACAAGACGUUCGAUCUCUCGUGCAAGUGCCAAAAUAAUGAAUCUUUCUGUCGGCGAAGUAAGGUUAAGUUUUCGGAUGCACCCUGCGCUCUAUUGAUUCACAAUGGCACCGAAAAAAGUCGAGGAACCUGAAAGAAAGCCACUCAUAGGGCGAGUAGGAAUUAAUUUAAAAAUUGGUAUCGUUGGAAUACCAAACGUCGGCAAGUCGACCUUCUUCAAUGUCCUUACGAAAAGUCAGGCAGCGGCGGAGAACUUUCCUUUCUGCACCAUCGAUCCGAAUGAAAGUCGUGUACCAGUACCCGACGCAAGGUACGACUAUUUAUGCGAAUACUUCAAACCGGCCAGCAAAAUCCCAGCUUUUUUGAACGUAGUCGAUAUCGCUGGUCUCGUAAAGGGUGCUGCCGAGGGACAGGGUUUAGGAAAUGCUUUUCUUUCUCACAUCAGUGCCUGCGACGGAAUUUUUCACCUUUGCCGAGCAUUCGAAGACGACGAUGUCACUCACGUAGAAGGUGACGUUAAUCCGGUACGAGAUUUGGAAAUUAUCAGCGAGGAAUUACGACUUAAGGACGUCGAAUUUUUAAAUGGGCAUCUUGAGAAAUUGGAAAAAUUGGUUGUCCGUGGUAACGACAAGAAAUUGAAACCUGAAUACGAUACGCUUUUAAAAGUCAAGGGUGUUUUGGUAGACGACAAGAAGCAUAUCAGGUACGCCGAUUGGAGCGCAAAUGAUAUCGACGUACUCAACAAAUAUCUCUUCCUCACGUCGAAACCCGUUAUUUAUCUGGUCAAUCUUUCGGAGAAGGAUUACAUUCGUAAAAAGAACAAAUGGUUAGUCAAGAUUAAAGAAUGGGUGGAUAAGAACGAUCCCGGAGCCGUGUUAAUACCUUUCAGUGGUGUUUUCGAAAAUAAGAUAAUCGACAUGGACGAAGCAGAACGAGCGAAAUAUUUCGAGGAACAGAAGGUCACUAGUGCCCUAGACAAGAUCAUCAUUCAAGGUUACAAAGCAUUGCAAUUACAGUACUUUUUUACUUCUGGUCCUGACGAAGUUAAAGCAUGGACUAUUCAGAAAGGUACAAAGGCGCCCCAAGCCGGUGGAAAAAUUCAUUCUGACUUUGAGAAAGGUUUUAUAAUGGCAGAAGUUAUGAAGUUUGAAGACUUUAAAAAUGAAGGCUCAGAGGCUGCAGUAAAGGCUGCUGGAAAGUACAGGCAACAGGGCCGUAAUUACGUCGUCGAGGAUGGCGACAUAAUCUUUUUCAAAUACAACGCCGGUGCUGGACUGAAGGACGCAAAGAAGAAGUGAUGGCACGCGUUCCUCAUGUUGUUGCUCGUCCUUUUGUACACCAACAUGAUACUACUCUCCUGUUGCAUGCAUCAACCUCAUGGCAAUCAUUCUCAUCCGCUUCCCCGUGCUCCCUGAUUUCGUUUCAUUUUAUUUUAUUUUAUUUUUUUUCCUCUUUUUUUUAUAUUUACCUUCAAAGGUACUAUCGACGAAAAAAGAAAGGUCAUACAAAUGUGACUAUUUUUUUUUAUUAAUCGUCUGUCAAAUUUUCAUUAUACAAAAGAGAUUCGUUUUUUUCUGUCAUUCUUAUAAAGAAAAUGAAAUGAAGUUAAAAAUGAAAAAGAGUAUCAUCGUCGUUGGAAUUGGCAUCUUUUUCUUAAUCGAGUAUGUGAUCUUUUUUUUUUCUAUGACAUACAACGAUUCUAUCCGUAAGAAGAAUUAGACUUUUAAAGUUUCUGUCUGUGUAAAUAAAUAGCAUCAUCGUCUCUUUGUAUGAAUACGCUAUGUGCUUAUGUUGAAAGAGCUUGUAUGACGUUAGUUAUAUCUAUCUCAAAGAUAUAACAUUUCACAGAGAUAAAAUAAUUUUUGUACAAGUUGUCUCUCGAACGAGAUGAUUGUAAAUGCGAAAGAGAAAGGAUGUUUGGUAAAAAAAAAAAAAGAACUAUAAAAAAAGUUCGCAUAAAUCUGAACAUUUCUUGACUCAACAAUUCUCUGUAUUUAUUCUACAAAUGUUCAAUAAAUCAACGUAGAAAAAUGAUAAAAA